AUGACAGCGUGGAAGAUCGGACGGACGAGGAGUGCAGAGAUCCCACGUGGCAGGAUGCUAAUGGCCGAUGAGCCGCGGCUUGACGUGGAGAAACUGAGCUGUGUGGGCGGGCCCAUGGGAGACUUCAGAAAACCCGAGUUGCUGGUAACCGCGAAUGAGGUUGCCAGAGUGGAGGAUCGAACGGAUGCCGUGACAUCUGGGCUAAAAACGUGGCGUGAUUUUAUUGGAGAUUUGUUCUGCGUUUGA